AUAGUAUACACAUCAAAUCAACCGCAUCAAUCCAACAGAAUGUUAUCCUUUCACUCUCAUUUAGUGGCUAUUUCAUUCUUGUUGUUCAAUGUUUAUUGGGCGACAGAAUCACUAGCUCAAAGGACCGGAUUGAAUGGAAAUACUUUAUCAUUUGCCCUGUUCCACAUACCUCCCGGUUACGUAGUGACCAUUACACCUGAUGGCAACUUCACGUUUAGCGGUAGUUAUGCAAUGGAAAUGAACUGGCUAGCCAAAAGGCUAAAUUUUACGCCCUCUUAUCGAUUACUUAACCACACAAUCAGCGCGAAAUACGGAAAUCCAACCAAUCAUGCAUUCCAUCUCAUAGAAAACAAUGAAGUGGAUGGAUUUGCAGUAGUUUUUAUCGCCACUCCGGAGAGGAAGAAAAAAAUGGACUUUACUUCUUUUUUCGGUUGGUCGGAAUCAUACACUAUGGUAGUUCCACGUCCUGAAGAAGAGUCUCGGCUCUUCGCUUUCAUUUGGCCAUUUCAACCGUCGGUGUGGCUGCUCAUCGGCAUUACUGUAGUAGUCAUGGUGGUCGUGAUGAGUCUGUUCUCCGGAUCAUACGUUUGGCUAUUUGUAAACGAUUUCCGGAAUCCGGUCGCUCAGAAUACAAGGGAGGAGAGGAUGGCAGUUUUUUGGCAAUGGCCUAGUAUUUACUCGGUGUAUAUCAUUAACAUUAUGACUAAUCAAGGAGGUAAUAUUGCGGUUAGCCGCUUCUCCUUCCAAAUCCUUGUUGGGACGUGGCUGUUGGUUGCGAUGGUCCUAGUCAACAGUUAUUCUGGCACGGUUGUUUCCUACUUGACAGUACCCAAAAUGAAACCAUCAAUUCACACGUUCGAAGAUCUGGCGGCCAAUCCAGACGUUGGCAUCAUCCUGAAAGUGGACACAGACAUUGGCCAAAAGAUACUAGAGGCUGAAUCAGGCGCCCUUAAGAUUUUGGGAGACCAAGCUCGAAGCGAACCGGAUCGUUUGUUUACUGACCCUGUGAAAAUCAACGCUCGCCUGGUAACGGGACUCUACGCAUACCCAUAUUUACAAAUCUUCGCUAAAUUCUUCGUUAGUGAUCAAUUCAAAAAAGACGGAAAAUGCCGUUUUCAAAUGAGUAAACCUCUAUCUCUGACCGGAUUCUGGUCUAUGGCUUUCCAAAAAGGCAGCAAGUUGACGUCAAUUUUUAACGAUGUUCUCAUAGAAGUUUGGGAAACUGGACUUCCUUCCCACUGGUCGAACGAAGUCAUUCCACGAGCACCACAAUGUUUCGCGAAAGAAAAGCCACGGGCAAAUUUAGCCGGCCAAAAUCCCAUUCGAUUAACUGACCUGAUGGGUGCUUUCUUGAUUUUGGCAGUUGGCGUUGGCCUGGCGACAAUCGUCUUUCUUCUGGAGAAAAUAAUUUUCUUCAAAAAUCGACGGAUGGCUAUGAAUAUUAAAGAGAAGGCUCCCAAUUAAACACGUCAAAAUAGACCCAUACACAACAUGCACACAUUGAAUUGUGUUGCCGUAGUCGAUCAACUAUAUAAAUGUAGAAGGCCUGGUACCAGAAAACGCUAGUUGUUGUUUCACGGAUAAAUUUCAUGCAGAAUGUCUUAUUCGAACAUUUCGCUUUAUUUUGUAACCAUCAAUGGAGAUUUGCUUACUGUGGACUUAAAUAAAUGCACAGCCCAUGCACUGUUUGAUGGGUUUCACAACAUAUUUGAUUGGACUGUCAAUGAUGCUCUAAGAUAACUGUUAAUAUCUAAAGCUCGAUGCUGUUGAGAAUACACUGA